CUCGAAGAUAAACAGGCACCGUCUCCACCAAUUCUCUCAUCCACAAUUCCAAUGCCCCCGAAAUGACUAAUUCAGACCCCGAAAUCACCGUUGAGGCAUCCGCCUACACGACAGACGAAGUCAUUGCAUGGCUUCACCACAUUCGCCUCCCAAACUCCUACACACAAUACAUCCAAACCCCCACCUCCUUCCCAAAGACCUAUGACUCCCUCCGAACAUUAAUGAGAUGCCAGAUCUCGCGGUUCCCAUUCGAGAACCUCUCUUUACACUACUCCCCGGCACAUAACGUUUCUGUGAGCCCUGGCAUUCUCUACGAGAAAAUGAUGGGUCCGAACAGAGACGGCGGGACCGGAAAGGGCGGUUACUGCAUGGAAUUGACUAUCUUCUUCCAUCACAUGCUCUGCGGAUUAGGAUUCCAGACAUACAUGACGGGGGUUCGGAACCGCCCCAGAGUUGAUGGUGUGCCUGGGGGAGAAUAUACCGGACUGACCCACAUAAACAACAUCGUGCACCUCCCCACGGGCCAGAAAUUCUCCAUGGACGUGGGCUUCGGCGGCGACGGUCCCACCAGCCCCCUCUCCCUCGACGACCCAGGCCAAGUAAUCAAGAACCUCGGACUCCAAGAAGUCCGUCUCAUCCUCGACCAUCUCCCCAAACAACGCCUCAGAGGUCCCAAAUACCGGAUCUACCAGUACCGCAACGGGCCAGACAAAGAGUGGAACUCAUUUUACUCUUUCACUGAAACGGAUUGUUUCGCGAACCAUCAGGGCCUGCAUAGGUCGACGGUCAUGGUGGUGCGGUUUCUCCAGGAGGGCGAGGAGGUCAGGUUCUCUGAUUGUCCAGGAGUGGUACGGGAUGGGGAGGUGAGGAUUGUGGGGAAGGUGAUACUGGUGGAGAAUGUUGUGAAGGUCAAUUUAGGGGGGAAGACGCAGGUGGUGCAUUCUUUUGACUCGGAGGUGGAGAGAGUGAGGGUUUUGAGGGAGUAUUUUGGUAUCGAGCUGACGGAUGAGGAGCAAUUUGGUUGA